UAACCCAACAAAUUGACCAAAAUUUAUGGGAUUGUUGUGACCAUUCUUUUAUGCUUUAUUGUAUUUGGAGGAGUAAAGAUGAUAAAUCGGGUUGCACCUGCAUUUCUCGUUCCUGUUUUAUUCUCAGUCAUCUGCAUAUUCUUGGGAAUGUUUGUGGCUAUGAAGGAUAAACCUUCAGAGGGAUUUACUGGUUUGAGUUGGGAGACAAUUAAAGAUAAUUGGAGUUCAGAUUAUCAAAAAACUAAUGAUGCUGGAAUCCCAGAAACUGAUGGCCAUGUAAGCUGGAAUUUCAAUUCAUUAGUAUGCCUCUUUUUCCCAGCUGUGACAGGAAUAAUGGCAGGUUCUAAUAGAUCAGCUUCUCUAAAAGAUACUCAGCAAUCAAUUCCUAUUGGGACAUUAUCUGCAACACUUAUUACUACUUCUCUGUGUUUUAUUUCUGUUAUUUUUUGGCACUGUUGCCACCAGAGAGAAGCUUUUAACAGACAAGUAAUUUUUGGUUCGAAACUUCUUUGUAUAAUUGUUUCCUCAUAGCACUUCGGAGCCUUCGAUCACUAAGAGAAAACCAAGUACACCCAAAGAAUUGGUAUCCAAUUCCACUCGUGUUUUGCCGGCCCUGGGGUCAACUACCAGAAAAUGUUCCAUGUCAUCCCAAACUUGCAGAUUUUGCUAACUGUAUGAAGAAGAAAGGUCGAGGAAUGUCUAUAUUUGUCUCUAUACUGGAUGGAGACUACCAUGAAUGUGCUGAAGAUGCCAAGUCUGCUUGUAAACAGCUCACUACCUACAUUAAUUACAAGAAUUGUGAAGGUAUGGCUGAGAUUGUUGUCGCCCCUAAUAUGUCUAAAGGCUUUCGUGGUAUCGUUCAGACAAUGGGCCUUGGGAAUCUCAAGCCAAACAUUGUGGUGAUGCGCUACCCAGAGAUCUGGCGUUGGGAGAACUUAACAGAAAUCCCCAAGACAUUUGUUGGUAUAUUUAACGACUGCAUUGUUGCAAACAAGGCAGUAGUCAUAGUGAAGGGUCUUGAUGAGUGGCCCAAUGAGUACCAGAAGCAGUACGGCACGAUUGACCUCUACUGGAUUGUGAGAGAUGGUGGUCUCAUGCUGCUGCUUCUUACCAAGGACAGCUUUGAGAGUUGCAAAAUUCAGGUUUUCUGCAUUGCAGAAGAGGAUGCAGAUGUAGAAGUGCUGAAAGCUGAUGUGAGAAAAUUCCUUUAUGAUCUUCGGAUGCAAGCAGAAGUCUUUGUCAUUCCCAUUUCUUCACAAGAAAAUGGUGGGUCUCCCCAGGAUGAGUCACAGAUGCAUGUUUGUAUGCUAUGCUUGUUUGUAUCUUCCUAGUCCAUGUCUCUUCCUAAGUUCUGAGCUUCUCUUCCUUUUCAUUCUCUCGUUUUCCUUUUCUCUCUAACUUCACUCCAUUUUCUCUCUCAAUUAUUUUAUCUGACUACUCUGCAAUUGGUUGCCUCUGUGGUUCAUUCAUGGGUGAAUAAGUAUGCUAUUUGUUGUAAGUGUUGUCUUUAAAUUUUAUUAUUUCAAGAAAAAGGACAAAUAAA